UUGUGAAUGGGAGGGAAUUUCUUGCACAACCCAGCUACACCUGAUGAUGAUGAUAUUGAGAACUGGAUCAAUGGUUUGCCAUCAAACUAUAGCAACAACUGCUUGAGAGGAAGCCAACUUCAAACCCUCAAUGAUCCAUCCAUUUACAUGGGCAACGAAGGACUUUGUGGUGCUCCUCUUCCAAAGGGUUGCCCGGGUGAUGUACCAUCUUUUGUUAAUCAAUCUACAAAAACUAGUAGUGGUGAUGACCACGAGUUUUUCAUGUGGUUCUAUGCUGGUAUGAGACCUGGUUUCUUUGUUGGAUUCAUAGGAGUAUUAAGCAUUCUACUGUUUGCAAGAUCUUGGAGCUAUGCGUACUUCAAAUUUUUAGAGACAGCUUACAACAAAAUACACGGACUGUUUUUAUUAAAGGUUAGAGUUUUCUAUAUGCAGUAA